AUGCUGUUUACUCUAGGACUUCUCCUCCUUCUCACCCCAUUUCCCUCCUUACAAUCCCCAACCAAUGAGAGGAGAAACUCCACAGGAAGCGACGUGACCAAACCCAAUGCCGUAUUCACCCAGUCGAAACCAAAAACCACUGCUGCUCUCGCCAAACAGGCCGAUCGCCCAACCCUAAAACCAAACACAGUCAAUCAGACGGUUUCAUCCACUCCAGCCGCAGCAGCAGUAAAGGCUUCUACAGUCAACGAAGCGAAGGCUACCAAAGACAAGCCUGCCCCCUCUGAAACACCAACUGUUCAGUCAGCAUCCACAAAGUCUGCUUCAGCCAGCGGUUCUAAAACCACCAAGGAUAAACUCCAACCUUCGGUCAGUCAGACGGUUUCAAUAAAACCUCCUUCAACCAGCGAUGGAAAAGCUGCCAAAGACAAGCCUGCCCCCACUGGAGUUCAAAAUGUUCAGUCAACAUCUCCAAAGUCUGCUUCUGCCAGUGGCGCUAAAACCACCAAAAACAAGCCCACAGCCUCCGUCAAUCAGACUGUUGUAGCUAAAGCUCCCUCCACCAAAGACAAGCCUGCCCCCACAGCAGUUCAAACCGCUCUGUCAACACCAGCAAAGGCUGCUGGUUCUGCAGCCGACAAAGAUAAGGUCACAUCGUCUGCCAAUCAGAGCACUCAAUUCAAAGCUCCCAACGCCACCACCACCAAGGAGAAGCCUGCCCCUGUACAACCAAUCAAGGUGGUCAUUAGCGAAAGCUGCGAUUCAAGCAACCCAAAGGAGCAGGAGCUGAAGCUGAAGCCUGGCGCUCCGCUGGUGAUGACACAUAAAAUCAGCCUGUUGCCGGGUGGCUGUAGCGGCGGAUGUGAGGCAGAGAUGGCGGCACUGAAAGGACGCGUGGCACGACUGGAAAGAGAGAUGUCAUCCCUCAAAGAUAAAUGUCCAUGUUCUGCAAAUUGUCCAAAUGACUGUAGUGGCAGUGGGGAAUGUGAGAAGGGGAAAUGUAUCUGCCAACAGGGAUUCAUGGGUCCAGACUGCAAAACUGCCAAAGGAAAGGUCAAGGUAACCGUGGAAACAGUAAUCCUGCAGGUGAACAAAGACAAAGAAAACAUGCAGGAGAAAACCACCAAAGCAGAGCAAACACUCUUCCAGAAGAAAGUGCAGAAGAAGGUGUCUGAAGCAAAAGAGACUGACACUAAAGCCAAAGUGGCUACCAAUGUUAAAACAGUUGGUCAAGUUCUGUUGAAAACUGAGGGAAGAAAGCAGGAAGAAGCCCGCAAAGGCAAAACAACUGUCCUGACCACUAAAAAGGUCCAAAGAACGGACCCUAAACUGGUUAAGGAAGGAAGUGCUGGUAAAACACAUCCCAAAUCUGACCAACUAAAAGACCAACCUCAAACCAAUGUAACCCAGACUAAUAUAAAGAAAUCUAAUGGCACAGCUAAAGUUGUGACCAUUCUGACCAAGGUCGUGGGACCAAACAAAACCAAAACAGUUACCUUGGAGCAGUCCACACUGGCUGAGAAAAAUGUUACUCAAUCAACUGGACAAAAACGCACCAGGAAGGUCAAAGUAGACAUUACAAAUGUGCAAACUGUUGACAACAGAAACACUGAAGCUGGCAAACCUGGAAAAGAAAAGGUCACUCAGAGGAGUCAGUACCUAGUUAAUUCAACCAUUGCAUCAGGCGAGGGUCGGGUUCUACAAAAUAAAACAAGCAUCCAUGGCUCUGGGAGUGUGAGGAAGACGGGAGGAUCUGGAUUAGGAUCUGUAAAGGUUGUAAACAUCUCCUCCUACAGCUUUACUGUCACGUGGGCAGCACCACAAGGAAUGUUCAAGAACUUUACCGUGGUCAGAAGAGAGCCACGGACAGAGGGUGAUGAAGAUGACCACGAGGACUUUGAAGAGGAAGCUCUUGAAGAAGACAAGGCCCCCACAGCUAAGAACACGACUGAAAUCCAGGUACAGAGUGAGAGCGCCAACACAACUAAGGCUGCUGUAUCGAGAGGAAAAGCUGAAACAAGGAGGAUCUCCAUGGUGGUCCCUGGCAGCGUGCGCUCUGUGGAGUUCAGUAACCUUCGGGCUAACACAGGCUACGUCCUGCAUGUUUAUGGCUCCACAGCUGACAGGAGGUCUAAGAUUCACAGAGUAACUGCAAUUACAGGUCCUGAGCCAGCCACAGAGAUGGUUUUCAGUAAUGUAACAGAGUCUUCUCUGACCGUUUCCUGGUCCAAACCAAAGACCACAUUCUCAAGCUUCAGGGUCACAUACACAAACAUCAUCACAGGGGAGAGCCGUUUUGUGACCAUCGAGUCUCAGCACUCCUAUGUGGUUCUGUCCAAACUGUCUGCUGGAUCCUCCUAUAUUAUCAGUGUAACUACGACACAAGGCCGAUCCCAGAGUGAUGCUCUCACAUCUCUUAUCACCACAGUGCCCGCUCCUCCAACACAUUUGCAAGUUGUCAAUGUGACAGAUACCAGAGCGGUGCUGCAGUGGACACCCAGUCUGGGGAAAGUGGACCGCUUCAUCAUCAGCUAUGAGUCCUCCAAGACUCCUAAUGUGACAGUGACAGUGAUGCUGUCUGGGAACUCAGUGGAGCACCAGCUGAGAGGCCUGCAGAGAGGAACCCUGUACACGGUCAAAGUCCUGAGCCAGAAGGACAGUCUGCAGAGCAUGGCCAUCUCAACCACAUUUACUACCGCUAAUGUGGUUAAAGCCAGUGAAGUGGGCCCUCGCUCUGCAGUGAUCACAUGGAGAAGCUCUACGGUUGUUUACUACAGCUACAGACUGAUCUACCAGGUGGCAGGAGAGGAGACAAAGGAGGUGAUAUUGGACCAAUCCAUGACUGAAUAUACGCUGACUGGGCUGCUGCCAAUGUCCCGUUAUAUUGUUCUGGUCCAAGGCCAGAGAGACGGACACUACACGUCUCUGGUUACCACAGAGUUCAUCACAGGCAAACUGCGCUUCCCCUUCCCUACCGAGUGCUCUCAGGAGCUGCUGAAUGGAGCCCUGCAGUCCGGAGAGGUGGAUAUCUACCCGCAAGGAAAAGAGGGUCGAGCAGUCAGAGUCUACUGCGACAUGGAGACGGAUGGAGGCGGCUGGACGGUGUUCCAGAGGAGGACGAAUGGAAAGAUAGAUUUCUACAGAACCUGGAGUGAAUACAACGCCGGCUUUGGAAACCUCAGCGAAGACUUUUGGCUCGGAAACGAGCUUCUUCACAACCUGACCAGCGUGGGCCCCGUCAGUCUCAGAGUCGAUAUGCAAUCUGGGAACGACACCGCUUACGCUCACUACACCAACUUCUCCAUCGAUUCAGAGGAGAGGAACUAUACACUGGCAGUGUCUGGCUACACAGGAACUGCAGGCGACUCCAUGAGGUACCAUAAUGGACGCCCAUUCUCCACCCGGGACAAGGACCCUGAUCCUCUGGGGAUCCACUGUGCAAGAGCCUACAUGGGAGGCUGGUGGUACAAGAACUGCUACAAGACCAACCUUAAUGGUCUUUAUGGCAUUAACAGUAAUAACCAGGGAGUCGUCUGGAUAGACUGGAAAGGUAAAGACGUCUCCAUCGCUUUCACUGAGAUGAAGUUCAGACCGUCCAGAUUCUCUCCUGCAACUCACGGCUAAGAAUCAUCGGUCUUCAUCGACUAACGAGAGUUAAAGAUCCAGAAAUCCAGAAGACGGUGGAUCUCACAGUUGCUGCAUAUCACUUUCCAACUGAAAUUGCAUGUACAGUGGUUUUGAUAGCGAUAACUAUCAGUACAUUUGAUUCAAUGUGCAACCUUUUUUUCUAAUCAGUCUAAAAGUUUUUAUUGCAACUUUUUGUAUCCUGUUCUACUGUUCUGCCUGACCCGUCCAUUCCAACAGUUAUGUUCUGACUCUAAUAUCUUCUUGUGCUCCAUCAUGGUAUGCCACCCACUACUACUGUAAUUGAAUAUGCACUGUCUCACUCCAUUGGAAUAAAUGUGGCUAAUGUGGGUCUGAUGUGUCGUUUUUUGGUGAACUGAAUUAAAACAACCAACUCUUUUGACGCAAAA